AUGAGUCAAGAAAGUGGAACCGCCACAUUCUCCGCGUCGUCUCCUUCGAAUGAUGACGUGCAGGAUCCUAGCAAGCGGUCAAAAAUUUCAUAUACAAGAGAAUUUCUUCUCUCCUUAGACAAAGCGGACAGAAUAGUGAAGUUACCCUUGGAGGCUCAAUCCUCAAUUUCAUGUGUGGUUGAUGAAGCAGCUGGCAUUUUAUCUUCGCCUUUAUUUGUUCCAGAUACCAGAUGUCAAAAAAGUGUACCUCGAAAUUUUUCUCUAGGGGUUCCUGGUGAUGCUAAUAGCCUAUUGCAUAAAAGUGAUGAACCAUAUCGGCCCCCAUGUCGCUACAAGGCCCUUCCUUCAACUAGACAUACCAAUGACUUGCUCAACGGUGAAAUAUCUGGAUCUUCUGAGUGUACAAAUCAAGAGAUAGCAGAUCGGGAAAUAUGGAGAAAUGGAAGAACUUCAACAUGUGAUCCAUCGGAGGCUUAUAUCUCUCCUACCAGUGUGGAUGAGGGAAAAAAACAGUUCCUUUCAAUGAUUGAUGACUGUGAAUCAUCUACGGUCUAUUGUAGAGGCAUUUCUGUUAGCAUGAAACAAAAUCCGUCCAGGCCUGAUUUCCAUAUUCAACAGGAGUUGAAAUUAAAUUCUUUCAGUGGCAGCUUAGAUGGAGAAUCAAAUUCGAGCUGUGAACUUUGUUUGCCUGACGAAGACAGUUUAAUUACAUUUGACGAACUAUUCUCGCUGCCUGAUGUGGAACCUUUGGCUGUGGUUAAUAGUUCCAUGUCUAGUAGCCCUGAAAGGAGCCGAAUUGAAGCUGACGUGUUUAGUCCAAGCUCACCUCGAGAAAUGAUUGAAAAGCUAGUGGAAUUUAUCCUCAAUGAAGAAAGUUCUACACCACGUGUGGAUGAUCCAAUCAUGCACCAUGGAGCUGGAUUGGAGUGCUUUCCCCACUCUAUGCAUGAACAAGAAGCUCACUCACACUUCGGCUCCAAUCAUUUGAAUCCAGAGAGGAGGGAUCAACAAGACCAUAAUAGAUUGCAAAUAAACUCCAUUGAUUCAGCCAUAUAUUCUUUUUUUUCCCACAGUUUCCCAUCCAACACAUUUUCUCAACCUUUUCCUCUUUAUCAUGAUGAGCUGAAAACGUUUGAUCAUGAAGUUAGUCAGACAAUGUUCCAGAACAUUAUAAAUCCAGGCAACCUUCAUCUCUGCUCAUUAAAUGUAUCAAAAAGUGGCGUACCACCGCACCUGUCUGGAAUCCAGAUGGCUUCUUGCACACAGAAGUUAAAUUCAAUGCAGCCCUUUGCGUAUCAGGAACCCAAAAACUAUGGGGAUUUUGUAAAACCAAGUCUGGGUAAGAAAUCACUUCAUAAUGUUUUCUACGAGUCAUGUUGA